AGUUGGGAGUAACUAAACAUGGCCCACGACUCCUCCCCACACCGAAACGCGCGAGUUAUUACGCUUUGCGCGCGGACACGGCACGCGGGCGGCCCCGCCCGUGACCCGAAACGCUCCGGCCUCGCUUCAUUACUCCCGCGGCUUAAAGCAAAGCGUUUCCUCCGUCCUCCCUCUCCCUCCCUUCCCCCCUCGCAUCGCAUCAUCCAGCCUCGCCUCAGAUCUCGCCCAACUUCUAGCUUCCACUCCGCCUACCUCCCCGCCCGAUCGCCGUCGAGCUCCCCCACGUUUGACUGGCCCCCAUCGACGCUCGGAUUGGUGGACAGGGCGGGGCGGUGGCGACACGCCCAGCUAUACCUGCUCGUCCCUCUGAACUGGCCGCAGCUGUUCUUGGUCCAGCUGAUCGGUUCUUGUCGAGGGAUGGUCCAGCGCUCCCAGAAGGCUCCGCGCCGACAUUGAGCUGUGCCUUCGCGCUGCCGAUCUGUGGUGGUGGGUUUCCGGAUUGUACAGUGGUGGUGGGUGUCCGAUGGGCUGCACGGGGUCCAGGCACGCGCUGCGCGGCGGCGUCCGCGGUGGCGGCGGCCGGUCGCCGUACGCGCGGAGCUGCUCCGGGCCGGUCACCGGGAGCGUGCACCACACCGUAGCGCUCAAGUCGUCCACGCUCGGGUCGCUCAGCCUCGACCGGGACGAGGAGAUGAUGAAGUGGCGCGACGACGGCGGCGUCGGCGCGGCCAAGACGCCGCCGGUGAAGCAGCAGCUGAUGGUCAGGCGGCAGAAGCAGGUGCCGGGAUCACCGGCAAAGACGCCGGUACGGGAGCCCGAGGUGAUCAACGUGUGGGAGCUCAUGGACGGCCUCGAUGACAAGGAGGAGGAGGACGGCGACGCCGCCGACGGCGAGGACCGCCGGGAGAAGUCGGCGCCGGGAUCGCCGGAGUUCGAUCCGGACGUCAUCGCGGCGUUCCGGAAGGCGCUCGAUGAGAUAUCCCCGCCGCCAGCCGACCCGGGCAACGAGGACUGCGUCAGUAACAAGAAGCCUGACGGCCUGGUCGGCGGCGAGGACGGCGUCAAGAAGCGCGAGAUACAGAGGUUCCCGGGCAUCGUGCGCGCGCGGGUCAGCGCGUUCCAGCAGAGGAUCGACGCGAAGCUCGCCAAGCUGGCGCCGCCGAAGCCCCCGGCUCCCCCACCCCCGCCGGACAGUGCCAGGAAGGUGGUGCUGUACCUGACCAGCCUCCGGGGCAUCCGCAAGACGUACGAGGACUGCUGGUCCACCCGGUCCAUCCUCCACGGCUACGGCGUGCGCGUCGACGAGCGGGACCUGUCGAUGCACGCCGGGUUCAAGGACGAGCUCCACGACGCGCUGGGCGCCCCCGCCGGCAGGCUCCCGCAGGUGUUCGCGGACGGCAGGCACCUGGGCAGCGCCGAGGAGAUCCGCCGGAUGCACGAGGCCGGCGAGCUGUCGAAGGCGCUGGAGGCCUGCGAGAUGGCGCCCCCGCCGGGCGCCGGCGGCAAGGGCAUUAUUGCCCUGGACGCGUGCUCCGGCUGCGGCGGCGUGCGGUUCGUGCCCUGCGAGGAGUGCUCCGGCAGCUGCAAGGUGUUCCUCGAGGAGGUGGGCACCUUCAGGCGGUGCCCCGAGUGCAACGAGAACGGGCUCGUGCGGUGUCCUCUCUGCCCCCUGUGAAAAGAAAAAUCUCAGAGCUGCUAUUGGAUGAUUUGUAGUGUGGUUUUUGCAGGAUUGCUGAGGAGUGCUUGUCGUUUUAGUUCAGGGUUUGUACAGAAGUUACACGCAUUAUGUAACUUUAGGACUGAUGAAGAGCAACAGAUGACUGUAUUUAUGUUUUGUUUCUCACUGGAUUCGGAUGUGUAAAAGACAUGACAGCAAUCUUCUGAAUAACAGAUAUGCAUUGCAUUGCUUACCUUUCA